AUGGCAGGCUAUGGGGGCGGCUACGGCCAGUCGAGGCACGGACUCAUGGUGGAGGAGGAGGACGACGAGGAUCUGUACGAGGGCUUCAACUUCAGCAUCGACCUGGCGCCUCCGCAGACGGCGGCUACCACCAACUACAUGUCGUCGUCCUACGGAGCGCCGGCCUCGAGAGGGGGCUACAACCCGCCAGGAACCGCGUUCAGAGCUCCACCUUCACAAAUGGGCCGACAGAUCCCAGGCUCCAGGAUGGGCACGGCCCAACAAUCCGGUGAAGCGAGACCCAUGACAUCCGUCUCCGGUGCAGGAUUCUCAUCAAAUCCACGCACUGCGUCAGGUCAGCGGAUGUUUGACCCCAUGGGGGAAGCGCGAAAAUCUGGAGCGGCGCCUGCAUUAGUGGAGAAGACGGAGAAUUCACCGAAGGAAGUGGCCAAAGAGCUGGAGCGUACCGUGAACUCGCUCAUUGAACAGUCUGCCGAGUUGAUCUCCAAGGAGCAGUACGAGGAGGCGCUGCACUUGGCCAAAGACGCGGGACGCAAGGAGCGCGCGUUCAACAAGCACUGCGAGCUCAACGGACUGGCGGACAUGCUCAACAUCGACCUGACGUACGCCGUCUUCUUCAACCUGGCCAACGCAUAUCACUUGAAUGGACUAUGGAAAGAGGCCAUCCAGUCGUACACUCCGAUAGUCAAGAACAAACAAUACGCCCAGGGCGGCCGGUUGCGCGUGAAUAUGGGUAACAUCUACUUCGAGCAGCAGCAGUACCCGACCGCCAUUCGGAUGUAUCGCAUGGCGCUGGACCAGAUCCCGAACACGAGCAAGGAGGUGCGCUACAAGAUCAAGCGCAACAUCGGCGCGGCGCAGAUCAAGUUGGGCCAUUAUCAGGAUGCGGCCGCUACGUUCGAGGACGUCAUGGAGGGCAACGCGGACUUCCAGUCGGGCUUUAAUCUCAUCAUCUGCUACUACGCUAUCGGCGAGCACGAGAAGAUGCGGCGAGGCUUCACGAACCUCAUCACGAUCCCGAUGGAGGGCAUGUCGGAUGAGGACGAAGAGGAGUCCGGGCUCGCCAACGAGUCCAAGCACAGUGACGACGACCACACGUCGUCCAAGGAGCACCUCCAUUCACUCAAGACCGACGGACUGAAGGCCGAGAUCCGGGCCAGGAGGAAGAAGGCCAUGGAGUACAUUCUAGUGGCUGCGAAGCUCUGCGCGCCUGCACUGGACAAGAAGGACUGGUUGGCGGGCUUUACGUGGGUCAUCGACGCGUUGAAGCAGGAGAACCACGAGAGUUUGGCCAGCGAGAUGGAGAUCUGUAAGGCGCAUUGGUUCCUGAAAGAAAAGGAGUUCGACAAGGCCAUUGAAGUUCUCAAAGCGUUCGAGAAGAAAGACCCGGCCCACAAGGCCAUGGCAGCAACGAACCUCAGUUACCUGUACUUUGUGGAGGGCGACACAGCUCAGGCGGACAAGUACGCGUCGUUGGCGGUGCGACACCAGCGCUACAACGCCAAGGCACUCGUCAAUAAGGGCAACUGCCUGUACGUUAAAAACGAGUGUGAACGUGCCAAAGAGCUGUUCCUCGAGGCGAUUGGAGUCGAAGCGGACUGUAUCGAAGCCAUCUACAAUCUCGGUCUGGUGAAUAUCAAAAUGAGCGUGCUAAAUGAAGCUCUCCAGGCGUUCGAGAAGCUGCACAGCAUCGUCCCUACGAACGCAGAAGUACUGUAUCAGAUCGCAAACUUACACGAUAUCAUGGGCAACUACCGACAGGCGGCGAAAUGGUUCAACAUCUUGUUGUCAUGCUUCGGAGGGAGUGACAAGCGUGAUCGCAACGCCAAGAACGUCGCGGAUCCCGGCGUAUUGGCUCGACUGGGCCAGAUUUUCAACAAGGACGACGACGAGACGCAGGCUUUCCACUACCACCUCGAAUCCUACCGAUACUUCCCCAUCAACUUGGACGUCAUCUCCUGGCUUGGCGUAUGGUACGUCAAGAGCGAACUCUAUGAGAAGGCCAUCCAAUUCUUCGAGCGCGCGAGUCAGAUUCAGCCGAACGAGGUCAAGUGGCGACUUAUGGUCACGAGCUGUUAUCGACGCAUGGGUGCCUACCAGAAGGCCAUGGUGCUCUACGAGCAGAUACACCAAGACUACCCGGAGAACCUCGAGUGCUUACGGUACCUCGUGGCUAUUUGUAAGGAUUUGGGCCAGCGCUGCGACGGAUUCCAGGCCAAGCUGGCCAAACUUGAACGCGACAACGCGAUGAACACCAAGAUGCCCCCGCAACAGCAGCCACCCCCGCAGUCUUUAGGUAAUGGCCACUCAUCGAGGAAUUCGAACGCGGAUGAUGACGACCCACGGGCGCCCCCUUCCUACCAGCGACAACCUCAAGAGAUCCAGUAUCAGCGACAGGAUAGCGGGCGAGCACUGCAGUCUUCAAGUUAUGGGAAUGGCAACAGUGCCCCGGACUCGCGGACACGAGACAACGAAGAUAACGACCGCAGCGAGUACGUCGCGCCACCUCAGAUGCAGAUGGCUCGGACGAUGGCAAGGGCACCGCAGCCUCAGACGACGGCGCGACCGAGCAAGCAAGACGACACGGACGAAUGGGGAGACGCGGACGUGGGGAACCUCUUAGGAGACUAA